AUGCCUCUGAGCCCCCUGAGGGGUCAAGGCCUCCAGCACCCACCUAUGACCAGCUCCCAGGAAAUGGCUCAGAGGAAGGCACUGGGAAAGGCACCCCCGCCUUCCCCGAAAACAUCUGAGAUGCCUCAGGCAACCUCCUUGCCCCGAGCGCCUCCAUCCUCACUAAAUUACAGGUGGCAGCAACUGAGGGACAUCCCGCCGCCCCUAAAGGGGCCCACUCCCUUCCAGACUGCCCUCAUGCCCUCUCUCACACUCAACCACUCGCAUUCCAAAUCCAGCCAGGAAAGGCAGGGAGGCCGGAGGAUUCCCCCCACCCACCCCCAGAUGCCCCAGCCAGUGCGCCUGGCCGGCGGGGGCGCCUCCGUGGCUUCCCCUCCUGGCCUGGCACCGGCUGCUUGGGGAGUCCUCGGGGAAAGGCUGGGCUGCUGGGCUUCCGGAAGCCCAGGUUGCGACCAAGGCCUCUCCGCCUGCCCUCCGCUCCGGCUUUACCAUUGUGCCUGGGACAGUGGCAGGGAGCACUCCGUGGCUGCUUCCACCUCGGGCUCCAGGACGGGCACGGACAUGGACACCCACAGGAGCCAGUGUGUGCUGGAACUUUGUUUCCCCGGGGCCCAUGUCCACACUGAGGGCUUGGACCCCAUCAGCCCUCAGCUGGACCCAGGCCAUGGAAGGCUCCCAGGGGAGUUCAGAACAGACCGAGAGACCCCUGGAGGCCCACCCCAGGGAAGCCAGAGCCCAUCACCAAUGCCCUGGCCACCCUCGCCCCACUGCCCGCACCCCCUCCCACUUUCCCCCCACCUCCCCGCCAGUCCAGGCUAUGGCUGGGUCCUGCUCCUUCUGGAGAGGCCCACCCAGGCCCUGGAGCCAGAGAGCCCAAGUCUCCUUUUCCAGGAAGGGCCAGACUCUCUUUCCUCAGCUGACUGUGUGCCUGUGGGCGCGGGCACACAAGCAGAGGCGCCCCGUCCUGCCCUCCGGAAGCCAGUGUGCGGUUCUUCGCCUCCUUGCCUCCCCCUUCAGAGAGCCGGCGCCUGGCCCCAGAGGGCUCACAUGCCCGAGGCUCAGGCGCUCCUUCUAGGGUCCACCCCUGGGAACCCAGGACACAUGCCCACCUGUCCCUUCAAGCCAAGAGGCCCCUUGGCUUCCAGACUGGCACCCAACUCAACUCGGGCAGAGGGACCACCGCCGGGACAUUGCGACACUCUGCCCUGUCUGGGGAAUCCUGCCCUGCAACCCCGCCCCCCUCAACUGCCCAGCCACCAGGAAACACGCCCUGGUGGCCCGGGGACCCUGAAGUCGCGGUCCAUUGAGGCGAGGGGGCGCCUGGCCGCUGUGGGGCACGCUGCCACUAGGAGCAACUGA